CGGGCGCUCGGUGUGGCCUUGGCCAUGAAGCCGCAGCCGCCGGGCUAGGCCCCGGGCGGCUCCAGCCAGGGCUGCCCGCGGAGGGCUGGGCCCGGCCCCGGCUCCGGUUGGCGGGCCGGCGGGGCGCUCACCAUGCCCGGCAAGCACCAGCACUUCCAGGAACCCGGGGUCGGCUGCUGCGGGAAAUACUUCCUGUUUGGCUUCAACAUUGUCUUCUGGGUGCUGGGAGCCCUGUUCCUGGCCAUCGGCCUCUGGGCCUGGGGUGAGAAGGGCGUUCUCUCCAACAUCUCGGCGCUGACAGAUCUGGGAGGCCUUGACCCCGUGUGGCUGUUUGUAGUGGUUGGAGGCAUCAUGUCGGUGCUGGGUUUCGCUGGCUGCAUCGGGGCCCUCCGGGAGAACACCUUCCUGCUCAAGUUUUUCUCAGUGUUCCUUGGCCUCAUCUUCUUCCUGGAGCUCGCGACAGGGAUCCUGGUCUUCGUCUUCAAGGACUGGAUACGAGACCAGCUCAACCUCUUCAUCAACAACAACGUCAAGGCCUAUCGGGACGACAUUGACCUCCAGAACCUCAUUGACUUUGCUCAGGAAUAUUGGUCUUGCUGCGGAGCCCGAGGGCCCAACGACUGGAACCUCAAUAUCUAUUUCAACUGCACUGACUUGAACCCGAGCCGGGAGCGCUGCGGGGUGCCCUUCUCCUGCUGCGUUAGGGACCCUGCGGAAGAUGUUCUCAACACCCAGUGUGGCUACGAUAUCCGGCUCAAACUGGAGCUGGAGCAGCAGGGCUCCAUCCACACGAAAGGCUGUGUGGGCCAGUUUGAGAAGUGGCUGCAGGACAACCUGAUCAUCGUGGCCGGGGUCUUCGUGGGCAUCGCCCUCCUGCAGAUCUUCGGCAUCUGCCUGGCCCAGAACCUCGUGAGUGACAUCAAGGCAGUGAAGGCCAACUGGUGAGGCUGCCACGUUGGCCACGCCACCCGCCUGGCUACCCAGGGACCUGCCACUGCGCCGUGAUGGGCACAGCUGCAGGGGGCAUUUCUGCUUGGACCUGAGCCCCACGUGGGGCUCGUGUGUGGGCGUGCUGUGUGCCCACAGAGAAGCCGCAUGACUCUGCCCAUUCUGGACUUGUGUGCAUGGAGGGUGUGUGUGUCAGUGUGGGUGUGCACAGGGAGCCGCUGCCUCUGCGUUGUUGCGUGGCAGGCUCCCCGGGGGACGAGGAAGGGCGCAGGCUGGGACACUCCUCUCUGCAUGGUGGUGCGGGGCGGGCGCUGGGGCCUGCUGUUGCCUGGGAUACGGCCCCACGCAGCUCCAGAGCUCUCUUCUCUAUUGGCUGUGACCUUGACCCUUCCGGGAUCCCACUUGAGCCUCAAGGUCUCGGACUCUAAAGUGAGUCCAAGAAUUUUCUCUCCCUUGCUUGCCUCUCAGGAUCAAACAUGAUGAUGGCUGCAAACUACUUAAAUAAACAAAAUCUUGAAAACCACUGGCUUACGCCCACCAUCUGGUUCUGUCAGCUGCAGAGCCCUGGCCCGGACCCACCCUGCCCUGUUUUCUCCGACGUGGGUCAUGCAUACACUUGAGCUGAACUUUAAAACUUGGUAUCGUUCACAUAAAAGUGUAUUUCACAGACCCCCGGCUUCUUAGGAAGAAGGCCAUCUGGCUGCAGCAAGUCUUUAGUGGUAACGUCUCCUGGGGCAACACUCCCCAUUCUCUGAGGCCCUGCCUGGUCCAUUCUGCUCACUCGGCUCUGCCCUGCAGACCCUGUAGGCUGGGAGUUGCCUUCCCACCUCUGUAGGGGUACCCCUGCCAGCACUGCUGUGGCCAAGCCUGGAGGGAAGCGCAGGGAUGUGAAGAACGGAGGCUGGACUCUGCCUUGAAGAGGCCAGGGAAGCGGGGCUGACCCUGCCGGGGACUGAAAUGGGUGCCAGUGGGCCCAGGAAGGUUGUUGAGGGUUGGAUGGAGGUCAGGAAGGUUUUGGGAAGGAAGUCGCCGGAAGCCCAGAGCUGGGGGUGGGGAGCCUAGUUGGGGGACUCCUGGGCACACAAUCUGGAAUGAAGUUCAAAAUCUUCCUGGUGGCCUGUAGAGCUGGCUUAUGGCCACCAGAGGGCGCCCCAGUACAGCAUUCUCUGCACCUGGCUUUUCUCUGGCAACCUCAUCAAGUACAGCCAAGUGCCUGGUGAGUCCUCCCGCUUACUAGUGCUCCGGGGGUUCAGGGAACUGGGAAACUUCAAAAGGAGCGAACUGGGAAGUCUGGCUGUUCUCAGCUCUGCCUCUUAUCAGCCCCACGAAGGGGUGGGUGUGGAGUGACUGCCAUACCCCUCCCUGGCUGCCUGCUCUUUGUGGCUGGUUCCCAGAUCUCACACUCAGCUGUCCCGAGGGCCGGGUAGGUCAUACUAUAGGCGGAUGAAGUGAGGCCUUUGAGUAGCGAGGCCUUUGCCGUGCUGCUCACUUUCCCAUUGUUACUGAAGACGGGACACAGAGAAACAUCGCUUUGUGACAAGAGAAAUACAUACAGGGGUGGGCAAAAGCAGGUUUACAGUUGUGCGUGCGAAAGUUUAUUUUUGUAUUAUUUAUUAAUUGUAUUAUUUUCCAUAAGAACAACUGUAAACCUACUUCUGCCCACAUCUGUAUUUGUACAAUCAAGGUGAUGAUGGCAACUGGCCUGAGAGACAAUAGGGUGUGGUGGGGCCUGUGGCAAAGCAGAUCCCCGCCUCAAGCUGGUGGCUGUCAUGAAGUUGCCGCUAAUUGCUAUAAAGUGAGAAAGCAGGUCUAGUGUUAGUAAUCUGGAGAAGCCAGAAGUCCAGAUUUUUAUGAAAAAUAUUUUGGGUUUUAAGUUCUUGGCAACUAGUGAAAAAAAAAUUAACCUGUGAGCCAAACAGCAGGUGUGGGCCAGCUUUGGCCCCUGUGCCCUGCCAUUCAGGGGUGCUGGGAGUCGCUGCCAAGUGAGCAGGGGUGGGCAUGCACCCGGCAUCGUGUCCUGGGUCCCUGACAGGCGCCAGUUGCAGGCGGUUGGUAGACGCUACAAUAAAUUCACUCACAGUC